UACUGAUGAAUUCUACCAAACACUUAAAGAAAAAAUUAUACGAAUUCUCCAUCAUCUCUUCCAAAACACAGAAACAGAAGGAAUACUUCCUAACUCAUUCUAUGAGACCGAUCAUGCUCCUUGGUAUUUACUCAAACGAACUGAAAACUUAUGUUCACACAAAAACCUGCACACAGAUGUUUACGGCAGGUUUUUCAUAACUGCCAAAACUCGAAGGCGACCAAGAUGUCCUUCAGUAGGUGAGUGCAUAGACUGGUACAACCAAACAAUGGAAUAUUACUCAGCACUAAAAAGAAAUGAUCUCUCAAGCCGUGAAAAGACAUGGAGGAACCUUAAAUGUAUAUUACUAAGCGAAAGAAGCCAGUCUAAAAAGGCUACAAUGCUGCAUGUUUCCUACUAUAUUUCGUUCUAGAAAAAGCAAAACUAUAGAGACAUUAUAAAGAUUAGUGAGGUCAUCGGAGGGCGCUGCUCACUGUGGGCAGAGCCUGUGUGCCGCUGGCGUCACUGCCGCCAACUGCUUUCUGGGAGGCAGGAGUGGAAGGCCUGAGAGUUGAUAAUAAUGGCAGAUGAAGAAAUUAAUGAAGACUGUCCAGGAGAAAUUCAUGAAUAUUUACCAACAUCUGAGAAUUCCAUUGGCACUGUGGAUGAGAUGCUGAAGACCAUGAUGUCUGUUUCUAGAAAUGAGUUGUUGAAGAAGUUGGACCCACUUAAACAAGCAAAAGUGGAUUUAGUUUCUGCUUACACAUUAAAUUCAAUGUUUUGGGUUUAUCUGGCAACUCAGGGAGUCAAUCCUAAGGAACAGCCAGUAAAGCAGGAACUGGAAAGAAUCAGAGUAUACAUGAACAGAGUCAAGGAAAUAACAGACAAGAAAAAGGCUGGCGACCUGGACAGAGGCACGGCUUCAAGAGGGCGUUGUAAUAAAUGUCCUCUGGGAACCAAAACCUAAAAAUGCACCCAAAGUUGCCAAUAAAGGAAAAAGUAAAAUUAACCUUUUGGUUUGAUGUACACAUAUUCAAAAAGUAUAUAAUUUUUCUGUGUGUGGUUAAGAAUUUUAUUCUUUUUCUUUCUUUUUUCUUUCAAUUUACUUUUUUUUUUUUAAUUGGAGUGUAGUUGCUUUACAAUGUUGUGUUGGUUUCUGCUGUGCAGCAGGGUGAAUCAGCUAUAUGGACACAUGUAUCCCCUCUUUUUUUGGAUUUCCUUCCCAUUUGGGUCACCACAGAGCACUGAGUGGCGUUCCCUGUGCUAUACAAUCUGUUUUCAUUAUUAUCUAUUUUAUACAUAAUAGUGCAUAUUUUUAUUGUUUUCCACAAAAUAGACGAUGAUUAUGUAGCAUUGUAAGGUUUAAAUGUAUUCCGUAUUGAAUUCAUGUAUAAAAUCUGUAUUUUAUUUAU